UGCACCUUGCUAGCUUUCGCCUGCGCCACGCCCUUCUUAUUCCGGCUGGCUGCGGCAACAGUAGCCUGCAGAAGGCAACGCCUCACCGGCUCACCCUCACCCCUCCCUCCUCCGUCACAUCCUCCUCUCUGACGCCUUUUCCUGCAACCGGAUCGCUUCUCCUGUCCUCCUAGCGCUCCUCCCCCUCGUCGUAUUCACCCCACUAGCAGUAGUCCAGUACCACCACCGUCUCCUGCCAUCACACGCAGUCUGCGCAGAAGCUGAGCUAGCAGUAUCUCAUCAGUGGUAGCCUCGAGACCACGUAUCCAAUCCACCUAGAAAGAGGGGGAGAAGGGGAGACGAAAGAGAAAGAGACCAGAGAGAGAGAGUGAACAUGAUGCUCUGUGAUCUCUCUUCUGACCGCGAGGCCACCGGAUCCAGCUCCCAUGGUGGAGUUGGAGACCUCGGCUUCAGCAGCCAUGUCCUGCUCAGCCCUCUCUUCGCGCCGGCGGCGACGCCGACGUCGACGCUGCUACCCAGGCCUCCGCUGCCGAUGCUGCUGGAGGAGCCCGCCAGAGCCAAGAGGAAGAGGAGCCAGCCCGGCAACCCAGACCCUGGCGCGGAGGUGAUCGCGCUGUCGCCGCGGACGCUGGUGGCGACGAACCGCUUCGUGUGCGAGAUCUGCAACAAGGGCUUCCAGCGGGACCAGAACCUGCAGCUGCACCGCCGCGGCCACAACCUGCCGUGGAAGCUCCGGCAGCGCACCGUGCUGCUGCCCAGGCCCGGCGGGGACGGCUCCGGCUCCGGCGCGCCGCGCAAGCGCGUGUACGUCUGCCCCGAGCCCACCUGCGUCCACCACGACCCGGCCAGGGCGCUGGGCGACCUCACGGGCAUCAAGAAGCACUUCUCCCGGAAGCACGGCGAGAAGCGGUGGAAGUGCGAGCGGUGCGCCAAGCGCUACGCCGUGCACUCGGACUGGAAGGCGCACGUCAAGAACUGCGGCACCCGCGAGUACCGCUGCGACUGCGGCAUCCUCUUCUCCAGGAAGGACAGCCUGCUGACCCACAGGGCCUUCUGCGACGCCCUAGCCGAGGAGAGUGCAAGGCUCAUCGCAGCUGCAAACAACAGCAUCGCCACUACCACCACCUGCAACAACAACGGCAACAACAACAGCGGCAGCAGCAGCAACGACAUCAACAAUAUGCUCAUGCCAAGCAACAGCUCACCACUCUUUCUCCCUUUCUCAAGCCCCCCUCACGCUCAAAACCCUAACCCCCUCAUGUUUCUCUCCCAAGAGCCUCACCACCAACACCACCAGGUGCUCCCUCCGUUCCAGCCCCUGACAUACCUUGAUGACCUGCCUAUGACUACCGGCAGCAGUUCGACCGUCAGCACCGACACGGUCAGCUUCAGACUUACUCCAGAAGGCUCGGUGACUAUGCACGCCGGUGGCCGACACCUCACCAGGGACUUCCUAGGCGUCGACAACGCCGGGGAGGUCGAGGAGCUGCAGAUGUCGGUGCCACUGUGCGCCGCCGCGUACCAGGGACGCUCCAUCGGCCCCACCGCCGCCUGCUGCGCCACCGACCUGACCAGGCAGUACCUCGGCCGGCUGCCGCCGGUGAACGAGCCGUGGAGCCACAACUUCUAGGGACUCGCCAGCAUCUCAUCAACAAGAUGACCACCGAAGACUUGAAAGCCAAAAACUAGCUUUGUGUGUGCUCGCUACCUUAGCUCUUGUCCAUGAUUGUUUUUUCAAGAACACAAGUUAUGUGCUCUUUUGCAUUGAGAAUUAGAAAUGGAACAUGCAAAGUACUGUUACGGCAGAUCACAUGUGAUCGCCCGGUUCCACCGGUUUCUGACACACACAAAAAAGCAGGCGAAUCGAAGGGUGUGGUAAUUGACCCCUCGCCAGCUUAUCUA